AUGUCUUCCUUCUUCCAACCUGCGCCUGAGCCCAAGAGCCUUUUGGGCCGGCAUAGAAUCCUUGCUCCAACUGCCGGUGUCCGAGUCAGCCCGCUCUGCCUCGGUGCCAUGAACUUUGGCGAUGCAUGGUAUGAUUUCAUGGGCAAAUGUGACAAGAAGACGUCCUUUGAGAUUCUCGACUAUUUCUACGAGCAGGGCGGUAACUUUAUCGACACUGCCAACAACUACCAGUCCGAAGAAUCCGAGCAAUGGCUCGGCGAGUGGAUGAAAGAGCGCGGCGUCCGGAACCAAUUCGUCAUUGCGACCAAAUACAGCACUGCGUACCGGACGGCGCACAAGCACACGGAGAGCAUGAGCACGACAGUCGGUAACUCGAAGAAGAGCCUGCACAUCUCUCUGCACGACAGCUUGAGGAAGCUCCAGACUGAUUAUAUCGACUUGCUGUACGUCCACUGGUGGGACUAUGCCACGUCUAUUCCCGAAGUCAUGCAAGCUCUCGACGCCUUCGUCAAGGCAGGUAAAGUGCUAUAUCUCGGAAUCAGCGACACUCCCGCCUGGAUCGUCAGCAAAGCCAACGAAUACGCACGCAAUCACGGCCUUACCCCCUUCAGUGUGUACCAAGGGCAAUGGAACGCCGCAGUGCGCGACUUUGAGCGGGAAAUCAUCCCCAUGUGUCGCGCCGAGGGGAUGGCACUUGCGCCCUGGCGCGCCUUGGGCGGCGGCAACUUCAAGUCCGCCGAGCAACAAAAGGACCCCGAGGGCCGCAAAAUGUAUCCAUUGACGGACAAGGACAAGGCCAUUUCCGCCGCGCUCGAAAAGAUUGCCGAGCGCAAGGGAACUGCCAUAACAAGCAUUGCGCUGGCCUAUGUCAUGCACAAGACGCCCUACGUGUUUCCCAUUGUGGGCGGGCGCAACAUCAAGCAUCUCAAGGGCAAUAUCGAAGCGCUGGGCAUCGUGCUGUCCGAAGAAGAGAUCAACGAGAUUGAAGAAGCCAGUCCGUUUGAUCCCGGGUUCCCACAUACGUUUUUGAGUCUCGGGGGCUCUCAUAAGGCCGCGUAUACCGCCAAGGACGUCGGAUUUAUUGGUCUUGCCACGCAUAUGGACUAUGUCGACGAUCCAAAGGUAUUAUCCCAUUGCCAGCUAUUCAUUUCACCCUUUUCAAUUUUUAUUUUCAUUUUCCUUGCCAUAUUACCACAUUGCUUUCGCGCAUAA